AAAGGGCUCGCCCCGUCAACAAGACGAUAAUCCCCAAGUCCGCAAAACUUUGGCUAGAAGAAAGGGCUCUCCCGGUCUACAGGAUGAUCAUCUCAGAGGCGGCAAAAGAAUGAGAUAUUCACUGCCAGAGCUGCCAGACCUUCCAAAGUUGUUGCGCCUUCCACCCCAUGGUGGGACUUGGUUCCUUGACAAGGCUGCAUCUGUCUGAGGUGCAUAUAACGGGAGAUGAGUUAGGGCAGCUUCUUUCCAAUUCUGUUGCCCUGGAAGAGCUGCAACUCGUGAAUUGUCAUAAGAUCAUUUCUCUCAAGUUACCAUGCCUGCUACACCGGCUGAACUGCCUGACAGUUUUUGAGUGCAGAGGUCUGAAAGUGAUAGAAAAUAAAGCUCCAAAGGUUUCCGUUGUUCAUAUCAAUGGUUCCUUUGAGAAACUUAGAGUUGGAGAUAUGUUGCAAGUAAAGAAACUAGAAAUGAUCGACACCUACGGAACUAGCCUCGUUCAUCAUGCUCGUGCCAAUCUUCCAUUCAUUAUGCCAAAUCUUGAAACGCUCAAUCUAUAUUCGAAUGGCGAGAAGCUCAGUACGCCAAUGUUAGCUGCCAGAUUCCUCUUCCUCAGGAAUUUGCUCAUUUUUCUUGGCGAUGGAAAUACUCGGGGCUUUUCCUAUGAUUAUUUUUCUCUAGUUUAUUUUCUUGAUGCCUGUCCUGUCCUGGAGGAUUUCGUCUUGUGUGUGUCACAGACUCGCGUAAGGCAGGAUUUGAUUUCUGCUGAAGACUCGCAUAUGAGACAGAUGCUAGAACAUUGCCACGGCAGCAUCAAGAAUGUGAAAAUAUUGGGCUUCUGCUCUGCAAAGAGCAUGGUUGAACUCACGUGCCAUAUCAUUGAAAAUGCAACUUCACUAGAGUGCCUGACGUUGGACACCAUAUAUGACAACAGCAGUCGUGGAGAGGCUGAUAGGUCUCAUGAACACAACAAAUUUGAUGAAUGCCGCCCUGUGCGAAGCAGGCGUAUGAUCGAGCACGCCCAUAAAGGCCUCUGGGCUAUUGGAAGAUACGUUGUGCAGAAAGUUCCCACCAGAGUCAAGCUAAAUGUUAAGAAGCUCUGUAGCCGUUGCCAUAAAAUUUAAUGAUGCCACCCAUCAAGUGUCUCCAUUUCCAAAAAUAAGCCUUCAAAAAAGUGUCUCCAUCAUCUUUCCUUAAAAGUACAUGUGUAUUACUUCAUGUUGCAUAGGAUGUCUUUUUUCGAUAAAGGGAAUAUAUUAAUAUCAAACGAUACCAGAUGCA